AUGUCGAAACCGACAAUCGAGAACCCUAAAAUAAAUGGGCCCAAGUCUGAUCCUCUAGACUUAAUUGAUCAAGCUGCUAAUAUCCAUAACAACACUUCUUUUGAUGUGGUUCACAAGGAUUUUGGAGCAUUUCUUGAAAAAUUCGUGGUUUUUCCAUGUUCACAACCUCCUCUAAAGCCUCUUUCUGGUCUCACAUUUGCUGUCAGUGACUCAAUUGAUGUGAAAAAUCAUAUCAGUGGCUUUGGGAGUCCAAGUUGGAAAGCAACACACAAGCCAGCGAAGAAGAUGGCUGUGAUUGUCGCCGAUCUUUUGAAAAGAGGGGCUACUUGUGUUGGCAAAACUGUUUCGGGUGAAUUGGGAUUUGGGAUAGCUGGUGAGAAUGCUUACAAUGUAACCCUUGAUAACCCUCAAUUUCCGGAAAUCGUUCAUGGAGGUUCCUCAAGUGGUUCAUCAGUGGCUGUUGCAUCUGGCAUUGUAGACUUUGCUCUCGGUAUUGAUACAGUCGGUGAUAUAAGAAUUCCAGCAUCAUUUUGUGGAGUCAUUGGCUUCCGACCAUCUCAUGGUGCCAUUUCAACUAUUGGCGUCAUUCCCAAUUCAGGGAGUUUAGAUUGUGUUGGAUUUCUGGCUCGUAAUCCUUCAGUGUUGCAGAGGUUAGCACACCCUUUAAUGCAGGUCAAUCCGGUGGCACCUGAAAUUCCAAGGCAACUUAUAUUUGCCGAAGAUCUCUUUGAGCUUUGUGAGGUUACAAAGGACAAGAUUAAAUCCAUUAUAGCCAAAGCAAUUACAGAGCGAUCUGGCUACAAGUCACCAAUCUCUGUGAAUAUUAUUCACCAUAUUGCAUCAAAUGUGCCCAGUUUGAGAAUAUUCUAUGGAAAAGAUGUGAACGUUCAGGAUGAAAGGGCUAUCUUGGCAACUCUGUCGUUUGUCAUGGUUUCACUGCAGAGGUAA